CUCUCUUCCCCCAUCCCCGCUUGUGGCUCUCGGCGGCGUCCUGGUGGCACAGGACGACCGCGACGGAGCUGCGGGGGGUGAGGGGGGGGGUAUUGUUCAGGGGCACAUGAGCCCGGGGCAGCGGGUAACGACUCCCGCUGUCCCUGGGACAAUACAGGACGGCACGCUUCCCUCUGCCACCUGGGGGUCUAGCGCACCCCAGGUGAUUGGUGGUGACGUGGGGCCCCUUGGAGCUGGGGUGGCAGGGGCGGGGGACGUGGCAGCGGCUGCCGCCACGCCCGCCCCGGCGGCAACUGCAUGGCAGGUUUUCCCCCCGGCCUCAGGGGGCUAUUCGGGCGCCCCCUGGGCGUCAGCUGCCCCGCCGCCAUGGGCGGCGCCAUCGCUCACAGGGUGUCAGACUCCCUCCCACGCCCCCCACGGCCCUUUGCAAUACGGGUCCGCGCAAGCGUCCGUCUCAGCGGCUUAUUUUACGCACGGCGGGGCGCUUGCGGUAACGGCGCAGCAAGGCUUCGCGGGGAGCCAGUCCUUCCCCGGGGGGUUUGCGUGGCCUCCGGCUCCAGCAUUCCCCUUAGCCGCCAGUAUGCCUUCCGUGGGUUUCAUGACGGCGUCCGGCACACAGUUUUCCCCGCGUGGGGCCAGCGCGGGCGCCGGCGUGCAGUCCACGUGGUCGGUCGGUGGACCCCGAGUCGCGGUGCCCUUUCCGGCCUUUGCGGGCCUGCAACCAGGACAGGCACCGGACGGUGGGUAUCAGGGGACACAAGGUUGGCCCCCUCUCCCGGCGCCCCCUCAGUUCCUUCCGGCAUCAUACGGAUGGGCGGGAGCAGGCGUCUGCCCGCCGCAUGCGGCUUGGCGGCCGUCUUACCCCGCGAGUUUUGGGGCAGCAAGCGGGUCGGCCUUUACACAGUCGAUCGGGUACACCUCGGCGGGGGCCCCCUCCCUGCAGCUGCCGGUCGGCCAUCCGCCGUGGAGCGGAGGGGCGGUCCCUCCGCCGCCGCAAUUGCGGGCAAGUGUUAAUGAUGUUCUGGUUCCCCCUGUGCCUGUUGUCCCCUCUUUUUCUCCCUCACAGGUCCCGCCUAGUUCGGGGGCUACACCCGGCGUGAGGCGAAGAUCACGGACAAGCGGGACGGCGAACGUGGAGGGACGGCCAUCAGCGGAGGCGGGUGCAGCGGACGACGAGGUUCCGGGUCCUUCGAACUCCGUGGUGUCAGUACAAAAGCCGGCUGCGUUGUCUCAUGUCUGUAACUCCUCAGGACAAGUAACAUCUCAUUACCUGCUGCGUGAUGGCCACUUCCUCCUUCACAAGGGCUCCGUGUGAGGGGAACAAGAGUCUUGGAGACAUUCUGUAUGAGGCUCUGGCAAAUCUGACACAGGAUUACUUCAAACGGUUUAAGGACAAGUUGUCUGACUCUGAUUUCUCCUAUGGAGGGCAAGGCCCCAUCCCAUGUGGGCACAUCGAAACUGCUGAUUAUGUUACCAUGAAAAAAAUUCUCAUCGAUGUUCAUGGAGAGAAACUGGCGCUGGAUGUGACCAUAAAGGUUCUCCAACAGAUUGGCCUUAUGGGAAAGGUACAGGAUCUCCAGAAGAAAGUGACACAUGUUAUAUCAGUGAGGACAUCUACAAAGGAAACAUUGGAAGCCGGUUACCAUGGUCCCCAGAGACGGACGAGUAACGUCAAAUCCGGUGUGACGGGAGGAGCGCGGUCCGGAAGUGCUCGCUGCAGGAAGGCGGCCGGAGGGACCAGGGACCUGCUGACGCAAACGAGGAGGGGAUUCCAGAGCUGCACAUUUCCUCUAGUAGAAGGAGAAAAAGAAGAAGACAAAGAAGAAGAUGAAGAAGAUGAAGAAGAAGACGACGAAGAAGACGACGAAGAAGACGACGAAUAUGUUGAAGAAAGCCAAGAAGAAGUAGAAGAAGAAGGCAAAUCUAAGGAUGGGAUGUUAAAACAGUGUCAGAAGAAGUAUCAACAAUUCCGGAGCUGCACAUUUCCUCCAGUAGAAGUAGAAGGCGAUGAAGAUGAAGACGAAGAAGAAGAUGAAUAUGAAGAUGAAUGUGAAAAUGACGAUGCUGAAUCCAGUUUACCUGGAAUGUAUAAAAUGUUACAGAUGAUGGAUCUACAAUUCCAGAGCUGCACAUUUCCUCUAGUAGAAGGAGAAAAAGAAGAAGACAAAGAAGAAGAUGAAGAAGAAGACGACGAAGAAGACGACGAAGAAAACGACGAAUAUGUUGAAGAAAGCCAAGAAGAAGUAGAAGAAGAAGGCGAAUCUAAGGAUGGGAUGUUAAAACAGUAUCAGAAGAAGUAUCAACAAUUCCGGAGCUGCACAUUUCCUCCAGUAGAAGGAGAAAAAGAAGAAAAAGAAAAUGAAGAAGAAGAUGAAGUAGAAGGCGAUGAAGAUGAAGACGAAGAAGAAGAUGAAUGUGAAAAUGACGAUGCUGAAUCCAGUUUACCUGGAAUGUAUAAAAAGUUACAGAUGAUGGAUCUACAGAUCAGUUUUAGUGUGAAGAAGAAGACGAAGUAGAAGACAAUGAAGAAGAAGACGAAGAAGAUGACAAAAAGGCGAAGAAGAAGAUGAAGAAGAAUAUGAGAAAGAUAACAUUAAGCUAGAAUAGUUUUCAUCCAUUCUGUAAAACAGUAACCUAAUGUUUGAAUAUAAAGAGAUGCUUUUGCUUUAAGGUUAUAGGUAAUACUGACAUUUUUAUUCAGAAAUAAGUUUUUAUGAGAACCAAGGAGAAUCACUUAUCUCCUGGAACAGUGAUGUUUUGAAGAAGAGUAAUUGUUUGGGGAACAGAAAAUUAUUUGGGAUUUUAAUGUCUCAUAAUUUCUAUGUGUGAGAAAUGACACUUAUGCUCAUGUUUUUGUGACGUGUAACAAAUUCUUGUAGAUGCCAAUAAGAAUCGCCAGGCAAUAAACUGAGUCUCAUCUUGCCGACAUAA